UUUGUUUCUUAUUCUUUUCUAGGUAGAUGUUUUUAUUUGAUAUUAAAUAAAUUAGUUCUACUAUCAAUUUGCUCCAUCUUUAAAGUUGUGUAAUGUUUAGAAUGUAUUUAUGAAUUAAUUUUCCUAUUUUUCAUCAUUUUUUUCGUUCUUUUGGUUGUCUUUAAGUAAACAUUAACAUUAAACGUACAUAUCUUUAAAAAAGAAAGAGUUGAAACAUAUCUUUAAAAAACAAAACACUGCUAAAUUUGCCGGAUACAAUUUCAUAGACAAAUUGUCGAGUGAAUUUAAUUCCUCUCAACAUUUAUUAUCUUAAAAACCUCAUACUCCACAAAAAAGAUAAAACUUAAUUGAUUUGUUAAGAUAGACAAAAUCGCAAGUGAAAGUUUCCCAUAAUGGGAAAGUGCACGCGAAGCCUCUUAUCAAUUCUAUUGCUUUUGCAAUACGUCUUAUUUUGUAAUACACAAAAUGCUCCACUAAGAAAAUGGAGUGCCAAAUUUACCCCCAAAGAAAUUGAAGUUGACAUGGACACCGAGAGUCAGGUCCUUUUGGAAUUAUUUGACAUAGACUUAGUCCACACAGCGAUAAUCAAAGUUCAAAGCGAUAAUCCGAAUAUCGCUCAGGUUCUUACUGAUAUUCCAAUUAAAUCGAAAUCGAAUUCCAGUGCAGACCACUGGGCUGCUAAUAUAACCGUGAAGGCCGUUUUUCUUGGCCAAACUAGGCUAUUCGUAGAGCUUACUACGACUGACAAUGUAAUCGAAACUUCAACCUCCGAACUAAUGGUGACAAUCGUUCGAGCUCUGCGACCCAUCGAUAUUGCUUUUACGGUAUCAGUAGCUCUGCUGGUAUCACUACUCUACAUAAACUUCGGUGCAGCUCUGGAUUUGAGUGUACUAAGUGGCCUCCUGAGACGACCUGUUGGCCCAACAAUUGGAUUCUUUACACAGUUCCUGGUGAUGCCAUUGUUGAGUUUCGGUCUUGGAUGUUUGCUCUUUCCUGACUCGGUGGAAAUGCAAUUGGGACUCUUCUUUACUGGAGUCUCACCGAGUGGUGGUGCAUCAAAUAUAUGGACGGUCCUGCUGGGUGGCAACAUAAACCUUUCGGUUCUCAUGACAACUAUCAGUAAUAUUGCAGCAUUUGGAAUGAUGCCUCUCUGGAUAUUCACCUUGGGACAUGUGAUCUUUAAUCGGGGGAAAUUGGGUGUUCCAUAUGGAAAGAUUGCAACAUUCGCAGUGUCACUGAUUGUACCGUUGGCGAUUGGAGUGGCCAUCCAAAAGUGUUCUCCUCGAAUAACAAGAGUUUUGGUUCGUUUACUGAAACCAAUUUCAACGAUGUUGAUUCUGUUCAUAAUUGUUUUUGCAAUUGUUACCAAUUUGUAUCUUUUCAAAUUAUUUUCAUGGAAGAUCAUCAUAGCUGGUCUGGGACUUCCAUGGUUGGGUUAUGGAUUAAGUUGGUUUGUGGCCAAAUUACUAAAACAAACCCAACCUGAUGCUCUAACUAUUGCUAUUGAAACUGGCAUUCAAAACACUGGGAUAGCUAUAUUCCUACUGCGUUUCAGUCUUCCACAGCCCCAAGCUGAUCUGACAACAGUUAUACCAGUUUCUGUAGCUAUAAUGACACCAUUCCCAUUGCUGGCGUUGUAUUUGUUUAAGAAAUUCAGCGAUAAGCGAUCUACGGCGAAUUCAGGCGAAUCUCAAAGCAUAAUUUAGUAUUUGUUGUUUGAUAACAAAAAAGACAUUUAAUUGAAUUUAUUGUUUAAUCUUAUUUUAUUAUAAUUAUAAUGAACAGGAAGGGAAUUAGGUUAAAGAAAAAUCAAAUGUGUUAUGUGUC